UGAAAAAAUUGUACUUAAUCACAGUUUCCCGUUAUAAUCAUAUAAGAACGGUGAAGCUUUUAUACGGAUACGUUAUUAAAUCAACUUAUGGCAAUUCAAUGGUGCAAACAGUUGAGAAGUGUUCUUGAAUCUUUAUAAAAAUGUUGAAUUAAUAGAAAAAUUGAUCAUUUCGAAAUUUUGUUCGAAAAUAUCGUUACUUUCCUUUUUUUUAAUUUUCAAACCUUUAUUUCUUGUUCAAGCCAGGUGCGUAUGAUUAAAGACAUGAACAUUUUCUGGAUUUUGGUGUUAACGCUACUUUGUCAGAAAAUUUUUGCAUUUACUUAUACAAGCAAAGAUGGUGUCAAAUUGAGCUAUAACUUUAGAUUCAAACAAUCGUGUCGUGGUGAAAAGGAUAUAAUUGGCAUAUUGCCAGUAAUUGCACUUCCGGAAUGUGUAAAAGAAUGCGGUAUGCGUCCGAAUUGCAGAGCUCUUAAUUAUAAAAGACGGUACAACGCUUGCUAUCUUUAUUCGUCGGAAGAAAACGAAGGAGACAGAAGUAAGGAAAGUUGCGUAGAGGUCAAGGCAUCAGAUAUUGAAAGUAUAGAGAGACCUGGUGACGACUGUACCGAAGACAAGACAUCUGACUCUAGUGAACAAACGUGUAAUAAAUACACAGAAUGCAUGUACAAUGAACCACCAUCAAAUGGUAAGAUUCUAGGAAACAUGAACCGUGUUGGUGAUCGCAUACAGUAUAAAUGUGAUUUCGGAUAUGAGGUACCAAAAGAAUCUGAAUAUGCCGUUUGUCAGCCUAACGGAAAAUGGAGUGUGAUUGUCAACAAAUGCACAAAAAUUGAAGAGACAAAUCUUGCACUAGAGAAACAAACUGCCAUGUCAAGCGUAAACAAUGGUUACAAUGGAACACAAGGCGUAGAUGGCAAUACUAACCAAUAUUUCGAGGAAGGAUCUUGCUUUCAUACCAAGAAUGAAGCAAACCCAUGGUGGCGAGUGGAUCUUGAAGCUAUACAUUAUAUUGUCAAUGUAAAAUUAUUCAAUCGCAUUGAUAGUUGCGAGGAAGGCAAAUGCAGUCGUCGGGCUAGUGACUUGAUGUUGAGUAUGGGGAUGACACUGGAGUCUAUGAAUGUUGUAGGCACUGUGCCAGGUCAGAUUGACGAUAUUCAUACGUUCAGUUUCCCUGAGGGUAAACAAGCAAGAUACGUUCAAGUGACACUUAGAGGACAAAAAAAAGUUCUACAUCUUUGCGAGGUGCAAGUGUUUGGAUUUCCAAUUCACUAAAUCAUUCAACUUACGAUUCGAAAUUGAAGGAAUCGGCAAGAAGGACUUAAACUAACUAGCUACAAAUUAUUCGACUCCUUUAUAAAGCAACAGGAAUUCUAAAGGGAAGUGUGGUUUUAAGAACUGAACCAGACAACUGACUUUGGAUAUUUCGCGAAUUGUGACAGCGACAUGGUAUAGUGAAUUUUGAAAAAUAUAGAACUUACCCUAGAAAAUAAAGUUGUAAAUUACGCUAUAUGACUGAAAUAUGGAGUUCCUCAAAUAAA